AUGCAACAACCAACAUUAGGAUAUUGGGACAUCCGUGGCUAUGCUGAGCCUCUGAGAAUGCUUCUUACUCAUUUAGGAGUUGCUUUUGAAGAUAAGAAAUAUCACUAUGGCCCUGCUCCUGACUUCGACAAGCUAGAUUGGUUUAAUGUCAAAGAGACCUUAGGCAUGAAUUUUCCAAAUUUACCUUAUUUUAUUGAUGAAAAUAUCAAACUAAGCGAAACUUUGGCAAUUUUUGAGUACAUUUGUGCGAAGUAUAAUCCAUCAUACCUCGGCAGUACAAUCAUUGAAAAAGCUUAUGUUUCAAUGAUUGCUGGCGUUCUCAAAGAUUUCAAUGGCCAAGUUGGCACUGCAUGCUAUAGCCCAGAUGCAGCUACACAUGUGCCUCAAACUCUUGAAAAUCAAAGAUCAGUCGUGGCCAGAAUAGUUAAAUAUCUUGAAGGCAAAACAUUUUUAGUAGGAGGCCAUCCCACAUAUGUUGACUUUUAUUUGUACGAAACAAUUGAUAGACUUGAUGCAAUUGAUCCAAGCUACACAGCUGGGAUUUCACCAAUCAUCGCAACUUACAAAAGUCUUAUAAGAAGCUUAGCACAUGUGGAAGAAUUUCUUGCAAGACCAACUAAGCCGCGUUUCUUUCAUGGACCUCAGGCUAGUUGGCAAGGGUAA